UAACAACGUGCCCGGACAUCACUAUAGCUGAUCGAUUACGACGCGUUCUGGUGACUUGUGUGCUAUACCGAUAAAUCCAGGAGCGCCUUUCCCUCGAGUGACAUGUUAAGACUAGUGCGAAACGUGUGACAAACGAGUAUCGCCGCCAAAGUGACAGAAGAACUCGGAAAAAUGGUGCUGGAGACGGGGGUCCUGCCCCCGCCUCUGCAGUUGUACGCGGCCGCGGCCGCACAUCUAAAUCCGAGACCCCCUUGGGCUCCUCUCCUGCAGUUUCCUGGGGCUGCGCAACUUUUAGGGAUGCCGGGUGCUUUUUCGCCUCUCGGUAGACCCCGAUACCCCCACGGGUUGACGGUCGGGUUGAGGGCACCCCCGGGACCUCCGUCGGAAGAUUCCGGCAGCGAAAUGAAUUGUAAAGGUGGCGCUGGCAGCAGCGGCGAGGCCGAUUCCGAGUCCGCGGCCUCUAAACGCAGGAGGAGCAGGACGAACUUCAACAGCUGGCAGCUGGAGGAAUUGGAGAGGGCUUUCCUGACGAGCCACUACCCGGACGUGUUUAUGAGGGAGGCUCUGGCGAUGAGGCUGGAGCUCAAGGAGAGCCGUGUGGCUGUAUGGUUCCAAAAUCGGCGAGCAAAGUGGCGUAAGAAGGAACACACGAAAAAGGGACCGGGGCGACCAGCGCACAAUGCCCAUCCUCAAUCCUGUUCAGGCGAGCCGAUCCCACCGGCUGAGCUGAGGGCUAGAGAGAGGGCAAGGCGAAGGAAAAAACUGCAGAAGGCCCUCGAAAGACAAGCGAGGAAGCUGCGAGCCAAAGUUGCAACUCGUCUUCUUGUUCCAGGCAUAGCCGUGGACCUCGUGGCGUUGAAACGGGAAUACUUGGCUCAACGAGGGACAGAGGGCGUGGACAGUGACAGUGACAUUGACGUGGUGGGAGACUCGGGCGCGGAAUCGGAAUCGUUCGGCGAGAAUUCGAUGUUCGCGUCGCCCGUGACGGAAAACGGAGGCAUGGAUCUGUCGUCUAGCUCGCACGAGCACGAAGACAAAAGCCGUCAGAGACCGAACCCUUUCAGCAUAGAAUCGUUACUGAACACUUGAAGUUUCUGUGACGCGAACCGUCCGUUUUUCAGUGAUCGUGCCUCGUACGCGAGUAGGCUUGUACGGGGACGCAUCGAGAGAAUUUACGUGCAAUAAGAGAUCCGUAUUUAUUAAUCCGUACUGAGGAAGUUGUUUAUGUGAAUGUUUCGUUUGUUUUUUUUUAGUAUCGAACAGAGAAUUGCGGCAAGCCAUAUCCGCGGGAAAUUCGUGUAAAAAAAAGUGUAAUUUAUUUGUGAUACGACACAUUGUAAUAUAGUGUAGAUACGUGUACACAUAUCCACGUUUUCUUCGAGACGCAGGGCGGUCGAUCGAAAUCGGAUAGCCUCCAUAACCUCAAAAUCGAGUAAUUGUUCCACUAAAAAUUGUUUACGGUAUAUUUUUCUAUUCUUCUGUUUCUGUCAAUUGCCAUAAAGUUGUACCAGAGUGCCGUGUACAUAGUCCGCAAAACCUCUUCAGGGAAUGAAUGGUAAAUUGUCAUUUUAGAAUUUAUAAAUAAAAUGACGUAAUUUGAAAAACAAUUUUAAUAUUUUUUUAAAGAAUUCUUGAAGAAAUAGACAACAUUGCUUUCAAAUUUAUUGUUUUACUUAACUUAUUUUUACUAAAAGAGUGUUGUUUGCUUUCAGUUUAUAUCCUAUGACUUGUGUUUUUUAUUACAAGAAAUAUUUAUUAUGCAAAAUUCUGUACUGUUUCUCAGAAAGAUCUGUGAUACGGAAUAUUUUAUUUUUUUAUUAAUUGCGGUUUUAAUCAGAUUUCAUUCAUAUAGAAAAAGUGACGCAAAAGAAAUAAUUUGCCUGCAGGAACAAUUUUUACGUUGCUUUUAAUACGGGAGGGACCCUCCAAGAUCAAUUUUGACCUAGUUUUUGGAGACUGACGGGUUCGAACGAUUGCCCCAUAGAAAUUAAUAUAUAAUUUGUAUUUAUUUUCAUGUAAAUAUGUUAGAUAAGAGGCCCACCUGUAAAAACCGCCCAUUCCGUAGAAAAUUCUGUACUACGUUCCGGUUCGGCCGGCCAAGCUAGUUGUUAAAAAUUUUCACGUCCUUAUACGCAAUAAAGCCCGUACGAAAAAUCGAAAUAAAUAAAAGAAAAUAGACGGCUCGCGAAAUCCGACGACGUGCGAAUCUUUUGAGGCAAUAAGCAACGAGUCUGUGAUGAAUGGCGAACCUGUAACAACGAAACGUUGCGUUACGUCAUCGGGUUCGGCGAAACCGUUUCCGAAAAUGGCCCGUUCUGAUGUUAAUAUCAAUAAGGUUAA